UGCACUUUUUUUCUGAGCUUUUUUUUUAUGCUUUCGUUCUUCCUUAGAGAAGGGUCGAAAAGGAAUAGCAAGGAUAGCUACAAGGUGUAGCGCAGGUUGGCAGCAGUAGGUUCGCUCUUAGUCUUGUUUUGUUCCGCCCAUAAUACACGCCCAUCUUCCUGCAAUAAAUAGCGCCAGUCAGACCACGGUGCUCUCUCCUUUUCCCCUGCUGUUACCUGCUCCCAGGACCGAGGUAUCCGCCUUACCCUGCCCGGUGUUCGCUGACAAUGGAGACAGAAAAUAAGCAACAAGAAGAGACCUCGUUCAGCAACACAGAGACCAACGGUAAGCGUCCCGCAGAGGACGUUGAUGAGGAGCAGUCUUUUAAGCGCUCCAGGAACACGGGCGACAUGGUGGAGCUCCGCAUUCUCCUGCAGAGCAAAAAUGCAGGAGCCGUGAUUGGGAAAGGUGGUAAAAACAUCAAAUCCCUGCGCACAGACUUCAAUGCCAGUGUGUCAGUCCCAGACAGCAGUGGGCCUGAGCGCAUUCUUAGCAUCAGUGCGGAAAUUGAUACAGUGGGAGAGAUCUUGCUUAAGAUCAUACCUACUCUGGAGGAGUACCAACAGUACAAUGGGAUGGACUUUGACUGUGAGCUGAGGCUGCUGAUCCAUCAGAGCCUGGCUGGAAGCAUCAUUGGUGUGAAGGGAGCCAAAAUCAAAGAGCUGCGUGAGAACACCCAGACCAGCAUCAAGCUGUUUCAGGAGUGCUGUCCCCAGUCCACGGACCGUGUGGUUUUGGUCGGUGGCAAGUCCGAGCGUGUUGUCGAGUGCAUCAAGAUCAUGCUGGAGCUCAUUGCUGAGGCACCCAUUAAAGGUCGUGCCCAGCCCUACGACCCCAACUUCUACGACGAGACGUACGACUACGGCGGCUUCACCAUGAUGUUUGAAGAGCGCGGGGGCGGCGGCGGCGGUGGCCGUCGCCCUAUGGGGGGCUUCCACAUGCGAGGCGGUCGAGGUGGCGGCGGUUUCGACCGGAUGCCCUCUGGAAGAGGGAGUCGGGGGGGGCCGAUGCCCCCUGCCCGCAGGGACUACGAGGAGAUGAGCCCCCGCCGUGGACCCCCUCCCCCCCACCCAGGGAGAGGGGGAAGGGGAGGGAGUCGUGGUCGCAACCUGCCCCUGGCCCCACCGCACAGAGGAGGAGAUGACCAGUACUCCUAUGACUCCUAUCGGGGCAGUGCAGAUGACAGACCAACCAGUGACAGAAGAGGGAGGCCAGGAGAUCGCUAUGGCGAUAACAUGGGUGGGGGUGGAUAUGACAACAGCUCCUCUUGGGACUCCUAUCCGUCUGGUGGACGUGGAUCCUAUAAUGACAUGGGGGGGCCGGUCAUCACCACUCAAGUGACCAUCCCUAAAGAUCUGGCCGGUUCCAUCAUUGGUAAAGGAGGCCAAAGGAUUAAGCAGAUCCGACAUGAAUCUGGAGCGUCCAUUAAGAUCGAUGAGCCACUGGAGGGUUCUGAAGACCGCAUCAUCACCAUCAGUGGAACCCAGGACCAGAUCCAGAACGCUCAGUACCUAUUGCAGAAUAGUGUGAAGCAGUACUCUGGUCAGUUCCUCUAAGACAGGAGACUCAGAUUGAAGCAACCCCCCCCCUCCCCCACACACACACACACACACACACACACACACACACACACACACAAAAUAAAUGUUGGUGGUCUCUUAGCAUUUUUUUUUAUUAAAGGUCCAACAUUCCUGUGCUAAAUGUAGAUGUUCUGCAUUAUUAGGGUGUAGUUCUCUACUCCAUCUCUUGUAUCUGUGUUUUUAAAACACUGACAUUUGUCUAAAUAUUUCGAGUCUCCUAACAGAGAAGUGAACAUUAUCUUUAUUUUUGGAUGGGUUGAUGGUGUGCGUGUGUUUGUGUUAGUAGACCUGUCCUGUGGUGUGUGAGUGUGUGUGUUUUUUCUGUCUGUAAUGGAGUUUUUCACACACACCUCUUACCACCACUCAGUGCAACAUGCAGAAUGUAUGCUUUUUUUGUAAGGAACAUUUUAUGAUUUUUAAAAAUAAAUGUAAGAAAUUGUA